UGUAAUGUGUGUGUGUGUGUGUGUGUGUGUGUGUAUGAGAGCAGGGAGAGAGUGAUAUCCAAGCGGUGUUUCACCUAAGGUAAACCCAUUAACUCAUCUAAAGAAAAGCCUUAUCAAACAGCUGAUUAACAAAAUUGAUCAAAUGAUAAAUUUAACAGCGUUUCUAUUCAUGUUCUAUACCUGCUUGCUUUGUGUUACGUGCACUUAUUAGAAUUUCUUUAAUGUUGCAAGAGCUGGAAUAGUUUGGAAAAUCCAAAUUAGAUUUUAACAUUAGAGGUGACAUGGAAAGACCUGGAAACCUUUGAACUGAAUGACAUGUUUCUGAGGGUUGUUUAACUAAUUCUGUAUUUUAGAUGUUUUUUAAUAGGCUUAGAUGUGAAAUUAUAAUAAACUUUCAAAAGGACAAUUGCAUUGAAAGUGCCCAGUUACUACCCUUCACCUCUCUACAAAGAACACACACUCCAAAACACAAACAAAGUAAACAAACACACACACAACCUGCAAUCUGUCAAAUAUUUGUCCACGGUGCAGAAGUGUGGCAGUAGUAUUUGCCAAAGUUUAGGUUCUUCCAAUCGCGGGUCACUCUGAAACACGGUUCAAGCGAACCGCGUCACCUCCGAUGUGGCCUGUGUGUUUAUUUAGAAAGCGGGGGGCACUUCCUCGGUCUUUCUGGGGUCAUACGAUCCUCCCAACGUUGAUCCAUAAAUGAAUAGUGGGCUCGACGGCCACACCAUGCAGGACCGGUCCCUGAUUGGUUCUGUGCACGGCAGGAAUACACACUCGCAGGGUAUAUAUUGGUGUGAAGGUGUGACACUUCCAAGAAACAAGAAACUCCCAAGCUAAUAAAGAAGAGCUGCUGUUAAACAUAAGGCCUAGGUUAUUCCGCUUUUUAAAAAACAACAAAUCUACCAAUUUGAGGAUGAGGUCGCAGAUCCAAAAAGUUCCUCAGAUUGUUGAGUUGCUGAAAAAGAAGUCUGUAGGACUGCAGCACUUCAAACCAACAUCCUCAGUGUGCGUCCUGGAGGAGAAGGAUGCUGUGGAGGCUGCGCGGUGCCCUCACGCUGCCUCCAGAGCGCACAGUCUGGACUCGAUUCCCGGACCCACCAACUGGCCCCUCGUCGGCAGUCUGGUUGAACUUCUCCGGAAAGGAGGUCUGACAAGACAACACGAGGCACUGGUUGAUUAUCACAAGAAAUUCGGCAAGAUUUUCCGGCUGAAGCUCGGCUCUUUUGAGUCGGUGCACAUUGGCUCACCUUGCUUGCUGGAGGCGCUGUAUAGGAAGGAGGGCAGUUACCCUCAGAGACUGGCGAUCAAACCCUGGACAGCAUACAGAGACAUGAGAGACGAGGCGUACGGACUCCUCAUUCUGGAGGGGAAGGACUGGCAGAGAGUGAGGAGCGCUUUUCAGCAGAAACUCAUGAAGCCGACAGAGGUGGUGAAGCUUGAUCGCAAAAUAAAUCAGGUGUUGGUAGACUUCGUUGGCAGAAUUGGACAAGUGAACGUCAAUGGAAAGAUUGAAGACUUGUACUUCGAACUGAAUAAAUGGUCGUUUGAGACCAUUUGCCUCAUCCUCUAUGACAAGAGGUUUGGCCUGCUGCAAGAGAAAGUCAACGAGGAAGCCAUGAACUUCAUCACAGCUGUGAAAACAAUGAUGAGCACAUUUGGCAUGAUGAUGGUCACACCGGUGGAGCUCCACAAGAGCUUCAACACCAAAACAUGGCAGGACCACACUGCAGCAUGGGACCGCAUUUUCAGCACAGCCAAAGUCUACAUAGACAAGAAGCUGAAGAGGAACGCCGCCAGAGCUCCUGAUGACUUAAUCGGUGACAUCUUACACCACAGUUGUCUCUCUAAGAAGGAGCUGUAUGCAGCCAUCACAGAGUUACAGAUUGGAGGAGUUGAGACGACCGCCAACAGUAUGCUGUGGGCUAUUUUCAACCUGUCACGUAACCCCAGCGCCCAGAGGAAGCUGCUGGAGGAGAUUAGAGAGGUGGUGCCUCCCGAAAAGGACCCAUGUGGAGAGCACAUCAAGAGCAUGCCCUACCUCAAGGCCUGCCUCAAGGAGUCUAUGAGGUUAUCGCCAUCAGUCCCUUUCACCAGCAGGACCCUGGACAAAGACACUGUGUUGGGAGAUUAUGCAAUUCCCAAAGGAACAGUUUUAAUGAUAAACAGCCACGCACUGGGCUCCAAUGAGGAGUACUUCGAUGACGGGAAGCAGUUCAAACCUGAGCGCUGGCUGCGGGAGAAUGGCACCAUCAACCCCUUUGCCCACGUUCCCUUCGGCAUCGGAAAGAGGAUGUGCAUUGGCCGACGGCUGGCAGAGCUGCAGCUGCAGCUGGCCAUGUGCUGGUUGGUCAGAGACUAUGAGAUUGUGGCAACAGAUAAUGAGCCACUCGACGUCAUCCAUUCAGGACUUCUGGUUCCAAACAGAGAACUGCCUGUUGCCUUCAUCAAGAGAUGAGGCUCAAUAUUUAACUCUUCCGGACGUAGUGACAGAAAGAUGAUACCUCUGUUGCCAUGGCCCGAUGGUCCAGUGACUCCCUGUAUUGCUGCUGUGUAAAUAGAAAGAAAAAGACACAGAAAUUAUUAUACAUGUAAUCAUACCAUAAAUACCUCAAACUUAUUUAAAACUAUUACUUAUGACUGUUAAUGACUGACCAAAAUACCAGUUGUUAUGUACAAAUUGAAUGUUGUACCAAGGCAGCUGUCCUCAAAUCUUAAUGUAAUGUCCUCACCUCAGACAUGUGUAUGUAAAUGUCAAACUAUUACUUUGUUAUAUACAGUAUAUAUAGGCUACGCAAAUGUUUAUUGUUCAUUGUGUAUAUAAAGUGCGAUUGUAAUAUUGUACAUUGUUUUAUGUAGAGACAUAUUUUAUUCACUGAGACAAACAAUAAUAAAUGUAUUAAAGCCA